AUGGCGGCGGCAGCAGCCAUAACUUCCGUGGAAUGCCAGAGCCAGGUCAAGUCAUGGCGACUCUUCCGCUCCCUCCUCGCCUUUCUCAUCCCCACCUGCAACUGCACCACCUUUUCCUCCGACGACCACUUCCUAGAAGACGACCAAGAAACCAAACACCACCAAUACCCCAUUAAUCCCAAACCCUCCGCCGCCGCCACAUUAGUCACCGGCACCAUAUUCGGCUCCCGCCGCGGCAAAAUCAGCCUCUGCUUCCAAACCCACCGCAGCAGCAACAACAAGUCGCCAAACAUCCUCCUCCUCCUCGAGCUGGCGGUCCCGGCGCCAAUCCUCGCCCGCGAAAUGGAAUCCGGCGUCCUCCGCAUCGCCCUCCGCAGCACCGCCGCCGACCGGGACGGCGGGGGCUCGCCGCUGACAUCGGUGCCGGCGUGGACGACGUAUUGCAACGGGAGGAGGGCGGGGUACGCGGUGAGGCGGCGGCCCACGGAGGCCGACGUGGAGGCUCUGCGGGUGCUGGGGUCGGUAGCGGUUGGGGCGGGAGUGAUGAACGAUGAGGUGACGUAUCUGAGGGCCAACUUCCAGAGGCGGCGGGCUUCCGGCGGGUCCGGGUCGGAGUCGUUCCACCUGGUUGACCCGGACGGGAGCAUCGGUCAGGAGCUCAGCAUCUACCUUUUCCGAUAG